AUGGGGUUGAGAGCAUUUGCAUGUUUCAUGCUUUUGUCAGUGUUCUCGGUGACAAUAGCUGAAUAUGUUGAUGUCAGGGUUAGAGGAGUGGUUUCAAUAGCUAGCACAGAUGACAAUUUCAUAUGUGCAACCCUAGAUUGGUGGCCAACUGAUAAAUGUGAUUAUGGCCAAUGUCCUUGGGGAAAUGCUGGAAUUUUUAGUCUGGAUUUAGAGAACAAGAACUUGAUCAAUGCAGUAAAGGCAUUUGGCUCAAUAAGGCUUAGAAUUGGAGGUUCAUUGCAAGACAGUGUUACUUAUGGAUUUGGCUAUGGAGUGAAAGACUGCAACCGGUGGAAGAAAGACAGUUCUGCGCUUUUCGGGUUCAGUGGUGCUUGCCUUGACAGGAAAAGAUGGGAUGAGAUCCAUGACUUUUUCAAUAAGACACAAGCCAAACUCUGGUUUGGACUGAACGCCCUUCAUGGGAAGAAUCCAGACUCAAAAGACAAGGUUCUUUGGGUUGGUGAUUGGGACGAAAGAAAUGCUCGUGAUCUCAUGGAGUAUACCAUCUCAAAGGGUUACCCUGUUGAGUCAUAUGAGCUUGGAAAUGAGCUAUGUGGGGGUGGGGUUGCUGCAAGAAUAGAAGCUCAACAAUAUGCCAAAGACAUCAAGAAGCUCAAACAACUUGUGACAGAGUUGUUCCCAGAUGGUAAACAGCCAAAGGUUUUAGGCCCCGGCGGGUUUUAUGAUAAACAGUGGUUCAAUGACUUUCUGCUGGCCACUGGACCUGGUGUCCUGGACGGCGUGACUCAUCACACUUACAAUCUUGGUCCUGGUGUUGAUUCAACCCUUAUAAACAAGGUUCAAGACCCAUUUUACCUGGACAAUUCAGCUCAGACAUAUAAUGAUGCUGCAAACUCAGUUAAAGAGUUUGCGCCUUGGACCGACCCUUGGGUUGGUGAGGCUGGUGGAGCUUACAACAGUGGUGGCAAAGAUGUUUCACAUACCUUUGCUAAUGGCUUUUGGUAUUUGGACCAACUUGGUAUGACAGCAAGCUACAGUCACAAGGUUUUCUGCAGACAAGCCUUGAUUGGGGGAAACUAUGGGCUACUUAAUACCACAUCUUUCAUCCCUAAUCCUGACUACUAUGGUGCACUCCUGUGGCAUAGACUGAUGGGAAAUCAAGUGCUUUCUACCGUUCAUUACGGCUCUCCUUUCUUGCGUGCAUAUUCUCAUUGUUCAAAAAAUAAGCCUGGGGUCACUCUGCUUUUGAUCAACAUGUCCAACUCUACUACCUUUGAUGUCGAAGUUUUCCCUGAGUUCAAUUCGCAUCCUUCGCAAGGAUAUGAAGAACAACUGGACACAAACUCAGCUGGUACACCAAUGAGAGAAGAGUAUCAUUUGACACCUGAAGGAGGCAAUAUCCAGAGUGAUGUGCUGCUACUCAAUGGAAUCCCAUUGAAGCUCACAGAGUCAUUCGACAUUCCUGAAAUGCAACCAAAACUAGUUGAUCCUACCUCUACAGUUAGUAUUGCACCAGAUUCUUUCGUCUUUGUAUCUAUCAAGGAUUUCCAUGCCCCUGCAUGCGCUUAG